AGGGGAGAGAUCUAUUCCCUUUUCCUUCAACUUUUAUGGACAUAUAUUUUAAUUUCCUAUUGCUUUUAGACAUAAAUUUCAUUUCACUCUCUUGAACUGGGGGCAAUGUUGAGUCGAUUUCGACUAUGGCGUUUCCAUGGAAAUAAGGGAACGUAAACAUAAUGAGAAGACUGCAAUUAACUACUAAAUCAGUUGUUUUGUUUUAGCUCGGUAGUCAGCAUGAGUAAAUCAUCUGAAGAAAAAAAGUCUACGUUGGCGGAAGCCUUUAUAAAUUUCCAACUUCAAGUAAAGAGAAAGGAAAUACAAGAGUUCCAGGAGGAGAUCAGGCAACUUGACGCAAAGAAGCAAAGAUACACACAAUUGAGGGAGCAAUUGAAAGAAGAGCAGAUGGGGCACAUCAGGCUCUUGCGGAAGCAGGCUAAGGAACUGGAACAGAAGCUAGAGCAGAGAGAGGUGGUCAACAAAGAGCAGGUGGACCAAGCUCUGCAGCAGAACUUGGAGCUGAUCCAUAGGCAAGAGAAAGAACUGGCAGAGCUGCGUGCCGAAGUCAGCCGCCUAGGGGAAGAAGUGCUUGUCUUGCAGGGUGAGAGGCAUAUCUGGCAGGAAUAUAAGAUGGUGGGAAGUCAAUGGCACCAGCAGCAGAUCCAGCACCUGGAGGCUGAACUGGCUCAUGUGCAGAGGGGUUUUCAGGAGAUGGCAGACAAUAUUCAGCACUCUCUCAAAAUGACUGUGAAUGAAAUUGACAAGACGACAGCACAUCUCAUAGAUGAGAAGAAACACCUGGUUACAGCGAGGGCUAUCAAAAAUCUUGACCAGCACAGUCGACACGAGAUCAGGGAGAAUGAGUGGCUGAAAAGAGAGCUUGCAAUAUACAAAAGAGAGGUAUCCAUUUUGGCAGUGGAAGUUCAACAACUGGAGGAAGAGAACCUUGAACACCUGAGUCAACUGUUUAAGGAUCGUCUGGAUGACCUGCAAAUAUCCAGAGACAUCUUCCUGACACAAGCGGCAGGCCUGGGACCUUCUGGCUGUGCAGUGAGGGAUGAUGUCAGUGGCCCAUCACCAGAUGUGCUGGGUAGCAACCCCACACCUCCCCUCCACCCAGUAACGGAAGCAUGGUGGGCUCAGAGGCAGGCCAAAGAGCUGGAGAGGGAUGAAACGAGCAGCAGCUGCAGCAGGACAGCCCACAGGCUAACAGAGGAACCCCCUCAGGACCUCAGUGAGCUUCUGUAUGGAGGCCAGACCCACCUGCAAGCUUUGGAGAGAAGCGGGAGGGGAGGAAGAGAGCCUUGGGGAGUGUAUUUCUGUGCCACGUCCUCUUGGCAGUGGAUGCAAUCGAGACAGCAAAAGGAUCCGAGGCAUGGAGAUAUGCACCUGGGCCUUCUGGAGCAAAAGCUGCUGUGUGUGGUGGGCCAGUCCCUUCCCCUGCACCCAGCGCCAUCUGAAACCCCUAGCUCUGAAGGCGCCCCUUCUACCCCGGAGGUGGUCCAGGCUCCGGAGGACUGGCCUGUCACAGCCAAACUCAUCCACAAGACCUUCAAGUAGCCACUUCUGCAAAAUCUAGCACUGGUCUUACGUCGGCAUUGAUGAGACAUAUUCCUAUUAAAAAUGCAAUUGAACUAGAAGGGUGCAGGGUUGUUUUCUUAAUUAGCCAGUAUCAUUCAACAUGCUGCUACACAGGGUAAAGACCACCUACAACAGCUGGUUUUAUUUUCAACUGCAAUAUCAAGUAUAAAUACUUUAAAGUACACACACUAAAGGGGUGAAAAAACCUGAUGAGUAUGCGAGAUCAUGAGACAUGACACACCUGGACCACCAAAUGCAAUGUGCUCUGUUUUUUGUUUAGUGUUUUUUUUUUUAAGUUUAGAGAUAAGAGUGCCAUUUAAAUAACCCCAAAAUGGGUAUAGGAAGUAAAUACAUUAUAUUUUAAUAACAGUUCGAUAUCCAUCAUCUAUUCACACAGACAACGAAGAUACUGAGGCAAAACCCUUUGUGGAAGCUGCACUUUAUUGUAAAAUCAACCAGUCUGCAUACAUACAUUUAUUUAUAUAUUUAAUAUAAACAAAAAUAUAAAUCUGCAGGGACAAUGCAGCAAAUAUGCUAGUUUGAUGAAUAGACUAACCUUCAUGUUCUGACCAUCCACAUAGCGUGCCCCCCCCCCCCCUCCCCCCCCCAAGCUCCAGGACAGAAAGGGUCUUUUAUUUACACAAAGCACCGAUCAACAGUGCUCCAUCUCCCUGGCUCAG